AUGACUAAAUCAGGCUGGAUCGAUGUUCAUGGUCAUUUUCUCCCCCCUGAGAGCGACGAUGCGUCUCAGAAAGCAUGGCAAGACAUGAGAGACAAUUGCUUCAUGGCCACGCAUCCCUACACGUGGAACGAAAACGAUAUUCUCGACUACCUCGACCGAGCGGGCAUCUCUAUGCAGAUGCUGAGUCGCGUUCCUAAAAGCGUCGAUGCUCUAAAACAAUCUAACAAUUUUGGCGCUUCUGUGGUACGCCGUCACCCAUCUCGAUUUGGGCUUCUCGCAGCGCUGCCAACAAAUAACCUGGAUGCCUGCUUGGAAGAAAUUCGGCGUGCACAAACGGAACUUCAUGCUGAUGGCUUCGCCGUCACCUGCUGCUACGAAGGUGUGUAUCUCAGCGAUGUUUCCCUAAAGCCUGCUUGGGACGAACUUGACCGGAUUGGAGCGGUCGUGUUCCUACACCCUGAUGCCUACGCCCCUGCUGUGCAGGGACGACCUGUGCCUGUCAGCGAGGUAUUCUUCGAAACGACUCGAACUGUGGUGGACAUGCUUUACGCUGGUAUCUUCAGAGAAUACAAAAACAUCAAGUUCAUUGUGGCCCAUUGCGGAGCAGCUGUCCCGGUCCUAGCUGACCGGCUAGAGUUGCUGGGUACUGCAUCGUGGGUCCCUAACCCUCACAACAUCAAAAAAGAAGAAGUCAAGCAACAUCUCUCUACGCUAUAUCUAGACACUGCAGCUUCUGGUUGUGCCCCGUUAGCCACUGCUGUUAGAUUGGUUGGCGCUGAUCAUAUUGUCUAUGGAGCUGAUUGCGGUGUGCCAUGUUCGUCGGAGCACUCAAUGGAACAGAAUCGGAAAGCUAUACUAGCCUACGAUGGGAUGACCUCGGAAGAAAAAGAAAGUAUUGGACACAAUGCGGAGGUUUUGUUUCCCCAGGCCGCUCGGAGAAUGAGGAAUAUGAGUGAGGCUUAA